AUAUGUGAGGGCAAGAUGAAACCUGCAGAACCAUAUCUAUUCAUAAACGGUUUUUCAAGGUCUUGGCGCUUGUGUGCCCCACUCCCGGAUGCACAACAAGGAAAUACGAUCGUGGCUUUGUAUUUCCUGCCCUGUUUCUUGAUCCAAACACACAUCAAAUUGAUUGAACAGCUACCGGCAUUCACAAACAAUCAGAUAAGAAGCAAAAUGUGGCACGCAGCCCUCCUCUUAUUUGCUCCCAUGCUAUCACUAAGCAUGGCCAAACCUCACGUCAACCCGCUGUCCACUGAGAUGAUUGACUUCAUUAACAAGAUAAACACUACCUGGAGGGCAGGCCACAACUUUCAUAACGUUGACUACAGUUAUGUUCAGAAACUGUGCGGAACAUUUCUCAAGGGGCCCCAACUUCCUGUCAUGGUUCAGUAUGUCGCCGAUGUGAUGCUGCCUAAGAGCUUUGACUCCAGGGAGCAGUGGCCCGACUGUCCAACACUGAAGGAGAUCAGAGACCAGGGCUCCUGUGGGUCCUGUUGGGCAUUUGGUGCUGCCGAGGCCAUAUCCGACCGCGUGUGCAUCCACAGCAAUGCCAAGGUCAGUGUCGAGGUCUCCGCGGAGGACUUGCUGACCUGCUGUGAUGGUUGUGGCAUGGGAUGUAACGGUGGCUACCCGUCAGCAGCCUGGGACUUCUGGACUAAAGAGGGGCUGGUCUCUGGCGGCCUCUAUAACUCCCACAUUGGUUGCCGGCCUUACACCAUCGCGCCCUGCGAGCACCACGUGAACGGAAGCCGACCUCCCUGCACCGGGGAGGGCGGAGACACACCCAAGUGCGUGUCCAAGUGUGAACCUGGCUACUCGCCCAGCUACAUGCAGGACAAGCAUUACGGUAAAACGUCUUACAGUGUUCUGUCCGAGGAGGAGCAGAUUCAGUUGGAGAUAUACAAGAACGGUCCAGUAGAGGGAGCCUUUACUGUUUAUGCAGACUUUGUUCUGUACAAGUCUGGUGUGUAUCAGCAUGUGUCUGGAUCCAUGCUGGGCGGGCACGCCAUUAAGAUCCUUGGCUGGGGAGAGGAGGACGGCGUCCCCUACUGGCUCUGCGCCAACUCCUGGAACACUGACUGGGGUGAUAAUGGAUUCUUUAAAAUCUUGCGUGGAUCAAAUCACUGUGGCAUUGAGUCUGAGAUUGUGGCGGGUGUUCCCAAGUAGAACCAAAGGUUUUUUUUUUUCCAGUGUCCACAUUUGACAUCUACUCACUAGAGGGCGAUACACUCCACUUGGCUGCCCUAAAAAAACGCCCACUGUGUUAUUCUAUUUUUUUUUUUUUUUAAUUCAUCAGAAUUCAACGCCACGGAUCAAGUUUCCUUCUUAACAGUAGCAACAAAAGAUUCAAGAGUUACGAUAUGUAUUUUUUAAGUUUAAGCUUUGGGAUGUCUCCGACCACUGUAUGUGCCUGAACACAAUGUGUUCUCUUUGGAAUCUUGUAAUGUUUGCACGGCUUUGAAAGUCAAACAUCGUUCAUUUCACUUUGUCAUUGUUUAUUAUUUAGACUUUGUCUCAAAUGUUUUAUCAUUACAGCUUUUAUAUUGCCAUGUAGUUGUUGAGUGCCAUGCUAAACUGUUAAUAGGGUGUACACGUAAUUGGUGCAUUCAUCUCGUCAAAUGAGAAUCUGGAUUUGUUUUAUUAAGGAUUACAUUUAAAAGUUCCAUUUUCAUCACCUGCCUGCAGUGAACAAAAUCUUAGUCUGAAACUGUUAAACUCUGAAUUAAAAUUUGAGUUUUGUACGCAUUGUGA